UCGGACUACACUAUAAGCAAAGCCUGUUGCUGCAGUCACAUUUCAAAAUCCGUUGUUGCGAUAAGUUGCUUGUUCGAAUAAAAAAAAAAUUCGAUUGUGUGUUAACAGGAUUUAGGUAUCAGAAAAAAGUUAGUGAUGUGCUGUGAAUUUCAAUCCAAAGAUUAUGGAUAAGCUGACUAAUUGGACCCGUGGUAUAAAUAUAUCAUUAUCAACACCAAUACCUGGGCAAAAUUGUGUCUCAAACUUGUCAACACCUUCAAUUUUAGACAAAUUACUAAUCAUUACUCCAUCAAUCACAUCAAUACAUCAAGAGCUAAAAUGGAUUUUUCUUUUACAUACAUAUGGUUUUGCCUGCCUCUUCUUUGUACUUGCAUUUUACACAUUUUUAUCUAUUCUACACUUAAGGUCUCUUAUAUCAAGCCGGCCUUUUAUGUCUACAAUUAAUAUGUUUUUAUGUAUACUUGGAGUAUCAAGAGCAGCAUGCCUCUUCAUAGAUCCAUAUAAUUUUAAAAAUAUUAUGCCCAAAAUUAUUGGUUCCAUUAUUUGGGAUGUUGGAUUUCCAUGUGUAACAUCUGCCUUUAGUCUCAUACAACUGGCUUUUCUGCAAUUAACUCAGCUUAAAUUUGGACCAGAGAAGAUUCAAAAAGAAUCUUGCCUCAGUUUAAUCAUAACAGGACACUUCUGUUUUGUAAUUGCUAGUGACGUUGCUCUUACCUCCCAUAAUUGUUAUAUAGUAAUGUAUGUGGUCCAAACAGUGUUCCUUAUCUGGAGUAUUUUAUUGUACUUAACAUUUCUACAUGCAGGAUAUAAGAUAAUUCAUUUACUGCAAUCUGUGCCAAGUAGUAUGUUAAUGAGAGACAAUUCUAAUACACAUCAAAAAGGUAUUAUGCAAUUGGCAAUGUUAGCUCCUUAUAAUAACUUGGCAUCAUCCGUUGCCACUGCCUUAGUACCUACUUUGCUCAAUCCCAAAAUUAAAGAUGCUGAAAUAAUAGAACCUGCAACCUUUACAAAUGAUUUGGACAAAAAUCCUAAAGGUAAAAGAAAGAUGAAAAAGUAUAGGUAUAGAAGCAAUAUAUUUUUAAACUUCUUUCAUUUUAAUAUUAUAGAUCAACCUAUGAAAAUAUCAGAAAAAGAGGAACAGGUUCAAAAAGAAUGUGACAAAUCCCCUUGUAAAAGUAUGUCAUCCCAAGAUGACAAAACAAUUCCCAAGUCGACUGUACCAGAAGUAUAUGUUAGACCCCCGACACCUACGCCAUCAGCAACAAAUUUACCUAUAAUAACAGUAUCUAGUCCAAGCCGUAGAAGUUCAGUAGCUAGUAGAAGAAACAGUGAUGCGUCUAGAUCCUCUCGUAGGAAUUCAGAGUGUAGUGUUAGAUUUAUAAAUGAAGAGGAUGGUUUCACAUCGGAAUGUCGACGGAAUUCUGACUUUAGUCCUAAACAUUCACCCGAGAUUGAUAGAAGACGAUCUCCGGAUAAGAUGUCUCGAAGAUAUUCUGAAAAUGUGACACCUUUAGGAAAUAUUAGAGAUUUAAGACGAUGUUCUGAUUUUUCACAUGAAAAGAAUAGAAGUUCUCAAUUUGCUGCUAAAUUAAAAAGGAAUAGCGAUUUUGGGAAUAGAACACCUAGGCGAAUGUUACCUCCAACCGAUCUUCAUAAAUUGCCAAAAGUCGUGGACCUGAGUCCUACAGGUUCAAGACGUAAUUCUGACGUUAGCGGUUUUACUCCUCGAACUGAGAUACGUAGAAAUUCAGAUAUUUCCUUUCGACGUAAUUCGGAAUUUGUUCAAGUCAAGCCACUGGAUUUAAAUCGCCGAAGUAGUGAUAUUAGUAUUAGAAGUUUGAGUAGAAGUCCAACUCACGGUCGUAGCAUAGUUCCUGAAAAAAUAGAAAUACAAGAAAAAUCUGAAUCUGAUUCGGAUCAACCUGAUUGUAGUGAAAAAGCAGCUCUAAUGACAGAAAAAAGUAAAGAUAAAGAUGAUGAUGGAAAAUUACGAAAGAAAAAUUUAUCUUGGAAAAAUGAAAAAGAGAAAGAAGAUGUUGAAGACAUAACGGUCGAAACUAAUUUGCUUCCCGAAAAUACUAAAGUCGAUGGAAAAGUUGGGAAUAGCGAUUUUACGCUUCAUUCAAUACUAAAUCAUAUUGCGUAUGUCAAUAGGACUAAAUCCGAUACGCCUUUACAUAUGUUAGAAGAAAAUACAGCGGCAGUUAGGAGAUCGCAGAUUCGAAAAGUAUUAAAUGUAACAUAUGCAACUGCGGUUUUAGGAAUCAUUUUAUGCAUUACAGACGUAGCACGUAUUUUUGGGCCAUACGGUCUCUUAGCCGAGACUACAAAACAUGGUACGCAACUAAUCGUCACACAAUAUCCCAGACCAUGGCCCUGGUUUAUAUAUCAAACUUUGUGCAGAGGUUUAGAACUAAUCAUGGGUUGGGCAAUGGCGAGUAUUAUAAAACAACCAUCAGUAAGCCCACGACAUCAAUAUCUAGGCAGUUAUCCUACUUAUAACAUACAUGUGAAAAGAGGUAAUAAUCCUUAUAUAUAAAGCAAUAUAUUGUUAAGUUGAGAGUUAUAGAAUUGAAAUGCCAAAAUGAAUAUUUUUAAAACAUUAUAUUUUAUUUGAGUAUAUCUAAAUCUUAUAGAAAUAUAUUUACAGUUUUACAAUUAUUCAAAAUUCAAAUAAGGAAAUCUUAUUUGUUCAUAAUAUUAUAAUGAAGAAGAAAAGAACAAAUAAUCACAAAAAUAUAAUAUAAAUUUAAAUGUAACUAAUAGAAAAAGCAAAAAGAGAUAAAAGACAGUUAAAAUAUUCUUUGAAUGAAUAUAGCAAUAGAUCAGUAUGUUGUUUCAAACAUGAAUGUGUGUUCUAAUAACUUAUAUAUAAAAGUAUAUAUACUACAUUUCUAAAGAGAAAUUUUACACAGGAAAUAUUCUUCUAAAGAAUAUAUCUUGAUUGAAAAAUGUUUCUAUUUUUCAGAUUAGAUUAGUUUUUAAAUACAUUAUUUUGAUAAUGUUUUCAGUUCCUUUUAUUUUAAUCGGAAGCCAAAUAUUUUACAAUUUAAUGGAAUAAUGAAUCUUUAGAAAAGAGAGCUACUGUUUCCUAAAAGAAAUACCUGAUAUCUGUAUAUAAAAAGAUAUUGUAUUAGUAGACAAAUCACUCAUAAAUAAGAUUUUAUUCUACAUCUAUUGCACCAAUUGAUAAUUAAUAGUAAUAAUAAUUCAAGUUUAAAGUGCCCUACUAUUGAAUGUUUAACAAAAACUCUUUGUAACUGAUAUAUAAUCAAUCUAUCUGCAAAUGCAAAUCCUAACAGUGUUGUGAUCCUACAUGUGAUAUACAAUCGUAUCUAGAAUAGGAGGCCAUUUUACGCUUAUGUAAGUGUCAUAUAACAAUGUAACAGACUACUUAUGAGAUAAGAGACUGGUAAAUUUUGUUACUUAUUAUUUAGUAUUUUAUUUUAAAAAAGUUCUUUGCAAGCUUUUGUAAAAAUGUUAAGUUUUCUGGAAUUAAAUAAUUUUUAUAACCGAGAUUCUUGUAAGUAAUAACAGGUAUUACUUGUUAGUACAACUAUACUAUGAAAUUAUAACAAUAUUAUAUUAACAUAUUUUUAUAUUCUUAAUAACAUUAAUUGUCAUGAAAUAUUGAAAUUAUUAAUCAAUAUGUGACUCGAUCAUCUCAAUGAAAAUAAUGUGUGUGUGUGUGUGUGUGUGUGUGUGUUUUGCGUGCGUGCGCGCACGUGCGUGGAAGAAAAAGAGAAUGGAUAGAGAGAAAAUAAUUUAUAUAUGGAUUUUGAUAUGUGAUAUAUUAGCUCAAAACUCUUGUGUUAUAUAAUCCAAUAAUUAUUCUUUCUAUUUUGUUUAUAUUAUCAAAAUCUAGAUUUGGGGAAUCAAAUAUAUUCCAAUUAUUAAUAACACAUUAUUAUAAAGUAUGAAAUAUAAAGCAUUAUGAAAUAUGAAGCAAAAUAGAUAAUUAUACUUACACAAGCAUGAAAGGUCUCACUAUUUGUUUAGAAAAAUCAUAUUAGGUAAAUGUUCAAUGUGCCAAAUCUUAUGUUAAUGACAUUAAAUGUUUAUAAAGAUUGAUUCAUAUAAAUUAAUCUUUUAAAAUUAUUGGUAUAAAUCGAUAUUUAUAUACUAUUCAGUGUACGUACAAUAAUGAAUAACAUUUUAACUGUACUGAUGAAUGCUGUUCAAAAUGAUAGUACACAAUAAACUGCUAUUUUUAUCGA